AGCGGAGCCAGCGCCAUGUUGGUAAAGUCUGGAAGCCUCAGCGGCUGCUUCUGGAACUACUGUCAUUAUCCCCUGCUGGCUCCUCCUAUAUACUGGCCGAGCUCCUACCAUCCAUCCUCCUGCAGCGCAGCCUCGGGACCUGGACUCUGCACGCCUCUCUGGGGGACUGCGGAGGAUCAGCUGAGAAGGGGGAGUUCAGCAACAGUAUUUAACAUGAAAGGAAAGAAAUAUCUGAAGAGAAAUGCCCCUGCUGAAGAAAGCAAUGGAACUACAGAGAUCAAGAAACCGAAGAUUACCCACAGUUCCCACAAAACUGUUGGAGGUACUGUGCUGACUCUUGGUCAAGGUGAUGUGGGCCAGCUGGGUUUAGGAGAAGAUGUCAUGGAACGAAAGAGACCAGCACUGGUAUCUUUACCAGAGCCAAUAAUCCAGGCUGAAGCAGGAGGAAUGCACACAGUGUGUCUUGGAGCAUCUGGGAGUAUUUAUACUUUUGGCUGUAAUGACGAAGGCGCACUGGGCCGGGACACAACAGAAGAAGGAUCAGAAACUCUACCGGCAAAGGUUGAUUUGGCUGAAAAAGUGGUGCAGGUUUCAGCAGGAGACAGUCACACUGCAGCAUUGACAGAGGAUGGACACGUGUUCCUCUUUGGAUCUUUCAGGGACAACAAUGGUGUUAUUGGUUUACUGGAGCCAAUGAAGAAAAGUGUGGUGCCUGUACAAGUUCAGAUAAAUGUACCAGUUGUCAAAAUAGCCUCAGGAAAUGAUCAUCUUGCGAUGCUUACUUUAGAUGGGGAUCUCUACACAUCUGGCUGUGGAGAGCAGGGUCAGCUUGGCAGGGUACCAGAGAGAUUCACAAAUCGUGGAGGACGUAAAGGCUUAGAGAGGCUACUAAUUCCUCAGUGCAUCCACUUGAAGGCUAAAGGAUGCGGACGUGUUGUGUUUCAAGAUGUAUUCUGUGGUGCUUACUUCACGUUUGCAAUCUCACAAGAGGGCCAUGUUUAUGGUUUUGGCCUUUCCAACUAUCAUCAGUUAGGGACAAAGACUACGAACUCUUGCUUUGCGCCCCAGAACUUGACAUCCUUCAAAAACUCCACCAAAUCGUGGGUAGGAUUUUCAGGAGGUCAGCAUCAUACUGUUUGUGUGGACUCUGAAGGAAUUGCAUAUAGUCUUGGUCGUGCUGAAUAUGGAAGACUUGGUCUUGGCGAGAAUGCAGAAGAACAAAAAGAGCCUACCCCCAUUCCUAACCUACCCAAGAUUGCCUCUGUGGCCUGUGGUGCUUCUGUCAGUUAUGCUGUAUCUAGAGACGGUCAUGUCUUCUCUUGGGGUAUGGGCACCAACCAACAGCUGGGCACAGGUGAAGAGGAUGAUGUUUGGAGCCCAAAUGAAAUGACUGGGAAACAGCUGGAGAAUAGAGAGGUUUUGUCUGUGUCCAGUGGAGGCCAGCACACUGUUCUUUUAGUUAGAGAUCGUAGCUAACAUUGAGUUCCAGGACAGUAAUGCUCACUGUUGGCUGCAUGGAGACCACAUCAGAGCUGCCUCCAUUUACCUCUUUUCCACUUUGGAACUUUUUAAUUGGUCCCUAAUUGUAAUACUCCAGGUCCUUGCUGGGAGGUGUUGGACAUCAGCUUCUACUGUUCUCAUGUAUUCUACUUUCCUGUGUAUUUCCCAGAAAUUUAUAAAAAUGAUCUUCCUGUA